AUGUCUUCACAACACCGCCCAGAUUUUAUCGACGUUCGCGCCCAGGCGAAUGACAACAGCAGCACGCAGCCCCUCAAGUCUCCCCUUAGGUCCCCCCCCCUCAGGUCACCUCGUCUGCCUGUUGCCGGCGAUGUUCCGCCAGAGCUAUCACCGCUAGAUGCCUUUGCUUUGCAGAGUCGCCUGCUGGCGAAGCAGCUCGAGGACAGCGCCAAAGCUGGUCACAGAAUGAGUCGGCUUCCUCCCUUGACGACGUCGAGUCCUCUUGUUAUGCAGGGCCGCUCGGAUUUCUACCGCUCAAUGUCCUACGACAACAGCUUGGAUGGCGACCGUGAAUCUUCCGACCGCCAGGACAAACCGAAGUCAGCUGUAUCACAACCAGUGACACCGGCAGGCUUGGGUGCUAAGACCCCCGAAGUCGAGCAGCCCAUGGUGCGACCCCAGUCCAUGCAUCCACGAAUGAGUCGUGUUCCGCCGACUCCUGAUGACAGCGUACCGCCACCGGUGCCAGAGUAUGCCCGCGAACGCCAGGCAAUGUUAUUGCGAAACAACGCGAAGCCGGCACCCGUGGCUGAAAACGAAGAGACGAGCUACUUUGGCGCACGGAGGGAGCGUUCGCCAUCUCCGCUUGCCGAAGAGCUUUUCAACUCGCAGCCGCCUCGUGUGAAAAGGCCGUACAGCUUUGAAAUCAACAAUGCGGCCAAUAAUGUCCAAGGGGAUGCGGACCCGAUAUCACCGCUGGCACAGCCAACACAGCCGGAACAACCAGAGCAGCCGGAAAAGCCAGAGCAGCCAGCACCGCAAACACAGGCACAGGCCGAUGCAAUUUCUCCAAACGACGCGAGCCAGCCGAACACAGGAACACCGCAGUUCUCAAACGCUUACUCGACGUUUGCCCCGUUCACGCAGUCCCCGGAGAGACCACUGCACAGCAAGAGCUCGUUCGAUUCAAACAGCGGUGGUCUUGCGCCACCCCGAACCCUGUUUCCAAAACGCUCGUCGAGCAUCAUGUCGGCACCGGUCGAGAUGGCCGACGAAGAUGGCCGUAGCACUAUGGCCUCGUCAUUUUGUUCAAUAAACGCUCCGAGAAAGCUGUCAGCUAGCAGCGUGGCAUCGCCCGGGUACGGUUCUUUCCAUCGGUCGCCGUCUAUUUCUUCCGACAUGUCUGUGCCUCUUCCCCGGCCUUCUUUCAACUUUUCUCGGCCAAUGAGCCGUGUUGGUACUCCUAGCCUCGAAACCCCAGCUCGACAGGCUUCAUCCGACAGCCAGACGUCGUAUAGCCAGUCAUCUUUUGUUCUGGCCGACGACACGGCAAACACUCCUGUCAGUAUGAACAGCGAGGGAUUUCCAGACUCGCUUAUGCUAUCCGAUGACAACCGAAUUGUCCCCCCGUCGUAUGUUUACUCAAAAUACAACCUGCCGCGUGGCAAAAUGCUUGAGAGGUCGAAUGCUCGGGAUGCAGACAACCAGCCUCAAACUUCCGAUCAGUUGGAACAACAUAUGGUCCCGCUGAGCAACAUGCAAACAUUCCCUCACGGUGGCCAGGCACCGCCGUCCCCACCGUCCCGUCCUUCGAGCGCCGGAAACCUUGUGCCGCGGCCGUCCGUGGAGCGGAGUAAGCUCAGCACAGAGAUGGUAGUUCAAGUCCAUGAAUUAUCGCCGAAUCCGAGUCAGACGUCGACUGACUGUAACCGAUCACUUGAGGACGACUCUCGUGGCCGUAAGCUGGGGCCCUCUCACGAUUCUCACGACCGUGGUAGGACGCCGGCGUCGGUAACUGGGACAAGUGACUCGGCAAGCACCAUAAAGGCACACCCGACACAUGUACUAGCUACAGCGACGGAAAUCUCGGCCGAAGAACACGUUGACAAGGCCAUUGCUCUUCACGAAAAGGGCAUGCUGAACGAGUCGACAUACCAUUUGCGGCACGCUGCUCGGCAAGGCAACCCAACAGGCAUGCUGCUGUAUGCCCUUGCCUGUCGACACGGUUGGGGUAUGCGCGCCAAUCCGAGAGAAGGCGCCGACUGGCUACGCAAGGCUGCCGAUUGCGCCAGCAGUGAGAUUGCGGGUGACGAAGCAAUGAUCAAAGAAGGCAAGGUGGUUGAUUCAGUGGAUCGCAAAACGCGUAAGGCGCAGUUCGCACUGAGCAUCUACGAGCUGGGCGUGAGCUACUUGAAUGGCUGGGGUAUCGACCAAGACAAGAAGUUAGCUCUGCAUUGUUUCGAAGUCGCUGGAUCAUGGGGCGAUGUGGAUGCGCUUGCCGAGGCUGGCUUCUGCUAUGCUCAGGGCGUUGGCUGCAAGAAAAACUUGAAGCAGAGCGCUCACUACUACCGCCAGGCCGAAGCAAAGGGGAUGAGCAUGGUGGGCAACAGUUGGAUCCACAAGGCCAAGUAUAACGAUGACAACGAGUCUUUAAAGUCCGAGAAGGAGAAGAAAGCGCGAUCUAAAUCACGGAAUAGGACCAUGUUUGGCCACAAACAUAACCAAUGA